UGCGCAGACAAAGCCGGGGCAGAGAUCUAAUCAUGGACCAGGAGGUGACAUCUAAGGGCGACACAGAAGACUCACCAAGCAUAGGUGUACCAGAGCACGGAGCAGAGUCUGAACCCAUCACAACUUUGGGUUUUCAAGCACUUCUUUAAGAACACUUCUCAUGCAUCGCACCCACUAAAAUUCAUAUUUCUGAAGACUUAUAUUCAGAUUUUCCUUUGCUGUCUGUUAUAUUGGCAUCUUAACAUAGAUAUAAAAUUGAGAAUGCAGAAUACUGGAGAGGAGGUUGUUUUCGGCCAUUCAGAUGAGGGUACUCCUAAAGGACAGGGAGAGAACUGUUCUGGCCAGUCAGGAAGAGCCACUCGAUUCUCCUUUCAAGAAAACAGCGUCCUCAUCUCCAAGGUGGUGGAGUAUUACGAUCAGAUAAUUGGCCAGAAGGCUAUCAAAGUGCCAAAAUCGCGGAAGAAGGCCCUGUGGAUGAGAAUUACAGAUGCAGUGAAUGCCGUGGGCCCUCACGUGCGCAGUGUAGACGUCUGUAAGAAGAGGUAUCACGAUAUCAAGAGACACGUGAAAAAAAAAUUGGCCGAGGCCGAAAAACAUAAGAGGCUGAACGGGAAAGAACCGCCAGGGGACGUGGAGCUCACCGACUACGAAGAGGAACUGAGGAAAAUUCUGAGCACUGAAAUCACAGAUGAUGUGAAGAUCAAGGGAUACAUAGAUACUGGCCUUUCCUCAGAAAUGUUUCAGGACUUUAUGGGCUUGGGGGCAUCUCCUGAGCACACUGCCGACAGCGACUUUGGCUCUACAUCUUCUGAUGAGAAUCAAGAAAUCAUUGUGACUAAAGUGGAUCCUCAAGAUAUUGAAGCAAUGUCUGCCAUCGAGAACUCUAACCAGCAGGGAAUGCUACGGGAUAGAGCUGAUGUGGACAAUGUAGACUGCGAACCUACGCUUGACCAAACACUAGAACCUGACGAGUGUGUCCAUUGUCAGGGGAAAGCACUGCAAGAGUUGGGCAGCAGUAUGCAACGGUUACAUGCAGAGGUGGUGGCCAUGAAUCACAUGCUGGACCUUCUAGUUGCCAAUCAAGAGAAAGAUCGUGUAGAAACUGCACGCCAUCGGGAAGAGAUGGCCCGUUAUCGGGCAAGUAAGCUCAAACUUCUCAUGGAAGCCAAUGAAAUUGCAGCCAAAAGGCUUUCGAUGGAAUCUUCCUUGGAGUCAAACUCCCAACGUCAACAUGUGACUCUUCAAACAGGAGGUCCAAGUAACUUACGAAAGAACACCUUACGUACAAGGGGAGGAGCGUCUGCUUCACAUGCUCGAAAAGGGGGGAAACUAUAAGGAUUUCUGACUUUCUCUGGAAUUAUGUCCUAAAGUGUUGUAUUAUAUAUCGGCUUUAUAUUAGUAUUACAACAUUUUUCAAUUUAUUUGAUCGUUUUUGCUUUCAGUGAAUGACCAUGUCAGUAUUUUCAUUGCUGAUAUAAAUAUAUACUG